AUGAUGCUUCAACGAGCCACGAAAGACCGCAGUGACAAAGAUGGCAUCUGCAUUCGAUACCGCACUAAUGGCAGCCUGUUCAACUUACGACACCUACAGGCCCAAACCAAGACCCGAGAGCAACUGAUUCAGGAGUUACUCUUUGAUGACGAUGCCACCCUCAUAACCCACAGAGAGACUGCCCUCGGAUGGCUGCUACCUUCAUGGUUGUCUUUUUCCUGCUCGGCAACUGCAUCCCUACGUCCUCAGAUCGCGAGUGCCACUGUUGAGUGGUUUCAGAACGACAAGGUUGUGAAACAGGAAAACAAGUGGAGCCUCCAGUUUGUUGCCGCAGAGGUGAAACACGAUGCGUUCAGGUGCAACGUUUCCAAUCGUGUCAGCUCCAUGAGCAGUGACAGCCGCGUGCAAAACUGCACCGGAUCAAUUUUCCCUGAAAAACUAUUUGGCAUGGAUUUUAAGAUCAUGGUAAGCAUCCUGGCCGCUAUGGGAGGGCUUGCCUUGCUGCUGAUUAUAAUCUUAAUUGUUUGCUGCGUCCGAGCCGCAGUGGGAAAACAAAACCAAGUCAAUGAGGAGGAGGAGCUUCGUUUGGGGUGGUCCAAACCUGAACCGCAGCGUGGUCGGAAUAAACACCCACCGGAAUGCCAUCAGCAUCGUCACCAGCAGGCCGGCCAAACUGGACCUCAGCAGCCCCGCAGGAAGCGCCGCUGCGGCGGCUCACAGCAUCUCGUGGACCGACCUCAAUCCGGCCCCGGGAGGCUGGCACAGGCGAACACGCCGAUGGCGAAUGAGGAGAACCCUCCUCCUGUUCCUCAGCCCAGGAAGAAGGUUGCAGCACAAAGAAUGUGAUGGAAAAUAUUACUAAUAGCUUCUUUUUUUCCGCAGCACAAGCUAUAAUAAUUAACAUAUUUGAUCAAAGAUGACCUAUUUGAUCAGAACUGAGCGUUAAUACGAGACUGUCUCAGAAAAUUAGA